CAUCAGCUUAUCACCAACACGCCCACGUUGGAUCCACCAUGCAUGGCUGCGGCAGUGCCUGACAGCGCCCGUCAUCCCUGUCGUUAGUUGGCCGUUAAUGGCAUGCACAUCAUGUCACGUUCUCACAGGGCUGACCUUGGUCAACCAAUUGUUCUCGCUCUGGAUGAUGCUCUUUGUGGAAUUUGCUUGGCAGGUGGGAGGACACUGGUUCUGCAACGAGGCUGACGUGAGAAGAGCAGAAUCAUUACGGCCAGCUGAGAGACGACCAAUGUCAUGCUCAUGGAAUAUCAUGUGCGAGGUUGAAAGUCUUGUUAGGUUGUCCAAAGCCACAGCGAGGUAGCUGCUAGGCCACCCAACCCGUGAGAUGGUUGGUCCCACUGAGCAAGCCGUUAGUAACCAGAGUAAUAAAGGCUGAGUGAGAC